AUAAUCCUAAUUAUAAGUUCAAUUAUUAUAAGAAUUUCUUUUUUAUUUAUAAAUCAUCCUUUAUCCUUUGGAAUAAUUUUACUAAUUCAAACAAUUUUAAUUGCACUGAUAACAGGUUUAAUAAAUUACAAUUUUUGAUUUUCUUAUAUUAUUUUCUUAAUUAUAAUUGGKGGUAUAUUAAUUUUAUUUAUUUAUAUAACAAGAAUUGCAUCAAAUGAAAAAUUUAAAUUUUCUUAUAAACAUAUUAUUUUAAUUAGAUUACUUUGUAUAAUUACUCUUAUAUUGCUACUUUUAGAUUAUUUCUUUUUUAAUUUAAAUUUAAUAAAUAACCUUUCAAAUCAAAAUAUAAACUUAUAUUAUAAACUCUCAAUAAAUAAAAUUUUAAUAUGACCUAUAAAUAUAUUUUUUUUUAUAAUAAUUAUUUAUUUAUUAAUUACUUUAAUUAUAGUAGUAAAAAUUACUAACAUUCAAUCAGGACCUUUACGACAAAAAACUUAA